AUCCAUUCCCAGUGGUUUUAUUGCCAGUCUGUAUACUUGGCAUCCGAAGCUGAUCAGGUACCGAUCUCAGUUCUCCCAAAGUGCAACUUCCGCAGACAUCUUUCCGUCAACAACCUAGACCUCCUAUUCUGAUCCUUACUCAAUUCUCGUGGCUCCCACCGUGUCUGUACACUUUCCACAUUCACACUCGAGCCCAGAAUUUCGCCAGCAGUGUAGCUGCCAACGUCAACAUCUAUGUCUUCGGUGACGCGCAUCAUCAGCUUGUCCAAAGAAUCAUGCGGCCUCACGACAGAUAAAGGGGUUCUGAUCUCAGCCGAAAUCGUCAGAUCAGUAAACACGAUGUCAUUUCACGUAUCCUGCACAUUCAAUCCAGAUGCGACCCGCGCCUCUACAUCCGCACGCAACGCUUCCAAUGAGAUAUUUGUCGGCCGGCCGUGUAUAAAUCUUCCGCCUCGCUGCUCUCAUCCGGUACCUACUGCUAUAACUGGUCUACCUGAUGGAUCCGAACGCCCUGAUGCUCGAGGGCAGAUUGCAAGUGAAAGUAUUGUCAAUUGUGUACAUGGCUGUUGUAGGUGUGUUGACGUGCGGAAGAUAAAUUCGGAAUGGCGACCCUUCAGAGUGCUCAAAGCACGUGGGAAUGAAGUCCGCGAUGAUGCUGUGCACGAACGGUGUGAUGGAGUGGCGAAUAACGAGGUUUCUACAAUAGUUAUACAACUCCGUGGGUGUUUGAGGGAGACAAUCGUGGUGCGCCUGCGUUUAGUAGACAGUCUGCUGUCAUGGUCACCUAAGCUGGGUUCAGCUACUUAUGUGUUUGCGCAUUCAUUGUUACGGUUUGUCUUACAUGUUUGUGUUCGUUUUCUCUUUUAUCAACAACAAAGGCGUCAUUUCAUUUUGGUGAAAUAAGCGGACAAAGAUCCAACCAACUCUUACGCCUGAGCUACCAGAGUAUGAGAGAUCCUACGGAAUGGAACAAGAGCAAUUGUGAUGUGUAGGAAGUUUCGUAACAAACGAACAGGAU